CCCGGGUAUGGCUGGGUUGAUUUGCCUGAUUUGAAACAGUGAGAAGUGACAAGAUGUGCGCCUUGUCGUCUAGUUUGUGUAUAAAUGUUUCAAAUAAACUACUUUAUUUUAUAUUCAAAGGCCAGUGGGGACCAGCGCUGGCGUUGAUUGGGUUAUCAUAUGCACCCGCUGACGCCAUCAUAGCAGUUGCGAUCUUGACGGCGGUUGUAGGCCUGAAUGCUGGACAUUACACAGGAUAUUUGUUGGUCCACAUCGAUAUGUCUCCCAACUUCGCUGGUACUCUGAUGGGUAUCACCAACUGCAUCGCCAACAUAAUUUCCAUCAUAGCACCACUCGUAGCUGGCGUUAUUCUUACGGACCAGACCGACGCCGGGCAAUGGAGGACAGUGUUUUACUUAUCUUCAGCUAUAUACUUCAUAUGUAACCUGAUCUUCGUCAUAUUCGGGACAAGUCAGACUCAGAAGUGGAACGAAACGGAGCCAGAUGACAAUGAAAAAGAAGAUAUUAAAGGUACCUAAAUAUUAAUGUUAGUUUCAUAAAUUUCAUAA